UCUAGAUAUUUUAUAUGCAUCUUGUUGAGGAAAACGUUGACUCUUUUUCUCAAACUAUGAUACAAGAAAAGGCAUAUACACAGUUAACCAAGAUGACAUCUGUUCAUCACUUCUUCACUUCAAGAACUCUCAACCAACAAAUUCCUGAAUCAUUUAAAUCUCUCUCUCUCUCUCUCUCUCACACACACACACACACACACACAAGAGUUCUUGAGGUUUGUGCGAAAAUGGCAGGAGGGUCUUUCGCACCAGGAGGAGUGGCGAAGGAGAGAGCAGAUGAAUAUAAAGGGAAAGUCACGACUUAUGUCAUCGUUGCUUGCAUUGUUGCUGCUGUUGGAGGCUCGAUUUUUGGCUACGAUAUUGGAAUUUCAGGAGGAGUGACAUCCAUGGAUGGAUUCCUUAAAAAAUUCUUUCCAUCUGUCUAUGAAAAGAAGUCGCAUUCCCAUGAAAGCAACUAUUGUAAGUUCAAUGAUCAAGGCCUUGCAGCCUUCACAUCAUCACUAUACUUGGCUGGCCUGGUUGCAACACUAUUUGCAUCUCCUGUCACGCGUAAUUAUGGCCGUCGGAUCAGCAUCAUUUGUGGCGGAAUCAGUUUUCUGGUGGGUGCAAUACUCAAUGCCGCCUCGGUCAACUUUGGAAUGCUUCUUUCCGGUCGAAUCAUGCUUGGGGUUGGAAUCGGCUUCGGUAAUCAGGCAAUACCACUCUAUUUAUCAGAAAUGGCACCAACCCAUUUAAGAGGAGGCUUAAACAUGAUGUUCCAAUUAGCAACAACUCUCGGAAUCUUCUCAGCAAACAUGAUAAACUACGGAACAAGUAAGCUCGAUCAAUGGGGAUGGCGGCUCUCUCUCGGCCUAGCGGCAGCCCCGGCGCUCCUAAUGACAAUCGGCGGCGUUCUUCUCCCGGAGACACCCAACAGCUUAAUCGAACAAGGAUCAAAAGAAAAAGGGAGAAAAGUUUUAGAACGAAUUCGAGGUACACAAAAUGUGGACGCUGAGUUUGAAGACAUGGUUGACGCGAGCGAGUUGGCUAACUCGGUGAAACAUCCUUUUAGGAAUAUCUUGAAGAAGAGGAAUCGACCUCAAUUGGUUAUGGCGAUUUGUAUGCCGAUGUUUCAGAUCCUUACUGGGAUAAAUUCGAUCUUGUUUUAUGCUCCGGUGUUGUUUCAGAGUAUGGGUUUUAAAGAUUGGGUCGAAGAGUUUUGCUCAUUGGUGGAGGCAUACAAAAUGAUCGUUUGUCAGGUCAUUGUAGGCAUAAUAUUAGGGCUUAAAUUUGGCAACAAUCAACAACUCUCGGAGGGUUAUUCAAUCUUGGUGGUGAUUGUAAUUUGUCUGUUUGUGGCGGCCUUCGGGUGGUCAUGGGGCCCACUUGGUUGGACAGUGCCAAGUGAAAUAUUCCCAUUAGAAACGCGGUCAGCCGGUCAAAGCAUUACGGUUGCGGUCAACCUCUUCUUCACUUUCAUCAUAGCACAAUCUUUCCUCUCACUCCUUUGUGGUUUAAAAUUUGGACUAUUUUUGUUUUUUGCUGGAUGGAUUACUAUAAUGACAAUUUUUGUAUAUAUUUUUCUACCUGAAACGAAAGGAGUUCCUAUUGAAGAGAUGAUGUUGUUAUGGCAAAGACAUUGGUUUUGGAAGAAGAUAAUAUCAGAAGAUUUGAGGGAAGAUGAGAGUUUUGAAAGGCAAAAGAAUUCAUUAGUGUUGCCUCCACAAGCUCCUUGAUAGUUAACGUUUAUUAUGUAAUAGUUUGAUGCAACUCAAUGUACAGAAAAGGCACAACAUACUUUUAUCAUUUUAUUGAGGGGUAAAUGCAAGAAGUAGCAAUAUACUAUCACCGAU